AUGAGAAGACAGGGAAACUUUGCGGACUCACCUGCUAGUGCGUAUGGAGCUGGACAGAUACAGAAUGCACAUUCUGACUUCCAAGGUCAGUUAGAGGCAUUCACGCCUGAGAGGGACCAACCGUAUCCAGACUCACAAACAGAAGGUCAAUGGAGAUGGGAAAGAGAUGGCCCAAAUAUGUCAAGGCCAAUGGCAACUCCUAUUUACAAUGAAGGUCAGUCUUUACUUACUGCAUCGGUUUUCAUAACUAUAGUUAUACGGAAUAGGAAUCAUCGUGUGAUGGGUUUGCUUCCAAUGCUCAUAUCCAAAAGGAAUCAUAUCUUCUGUGGCAUUUUACGUGAGAUGAGAGGAAUAUUAGCUUUUGUAGAGAUAAACCGUCAAGGCGUUGAUUCAUCGAGGACGACGUAUUACCGCGGCCAAAUGGAUGCACAAUCAGGAAUGGAGAAGCAAAGCAGCAACCCAAGAGCGCAACCACAACACCAAGAAAACCCGAAGCCUGGUUAUGAGAGUAACCGUGGGAUGCAGACCUUUGAAGGUCUUGAACAGAAGUUCAUGGAUGAUAUAACAAGACUAGCAAAGGAUCAAAUCGAAGCAGAGGAUGCAGAGAUUGCAAGACAUCGAGAGAAAAUAAACACCAUUAAUACUCGGUACGAAGAACAGUUAGCUGCCUUGAGAGCAAGGCACACAGGUAAAAGAGAGGAGAUCAUGAGGAAAGAAUCACAAGCUAGGCAGCAACAAUACAAGCAGCAAAGCAUGAGGAUGAUGGAUCAGUACCAUCCAAACGCGGUCAGUGUAAUGCCAUCUGGUCAUCCCCAGGGUUACAUUGGGAAUGCUCAAGAUCCAGCGGCUGUGGGGGAUGCACCAUCCAGAUCCUACGGCUCAGAUCGGUUCGAAGCAUAUGGAGAGAGAGCUAGGUUUCAGGGCGGAACCAGAGAUCACGGGUUCGAGUCUAGGGGUCAGUACCCUGGUGGGACCAACUACGACACAGUCUCACGGUUCUAUUGA